AUGCAUCAAGAAUAUGUAUAUCAAGGGCAUGUUGAGACUACUCUUAUGCAGACAGAGGGAUUAUUCUCUGAUAAGGAUUCAGCUACAAGAUUCUGGUGUAGACUAAAUAGGAUAUUGGUCAAUGAUGACUGGAUCCAUAAACACACUGCAAGCCAAGCUGAAUAUCUGAUGCCCCUUUGCUCUGAUCAUUCCCCAGGGCUAAUUACAAUUGAUGAUGAUAACUUUGAAGGUAAAAAGCCUUUCAAAUUUUUUAAUAUGUGGGCUAAGCAUCCUGAUUUUCUGGAAAUGGUGAAAACAGUUUGGAGCAAGGAAAUUAGAGGAUAUACCAUGUACAGGUUUUAUACUAAACUCAGAAACCUCAAACCUGUUCUCAAGGAUUUGAAUAAAAAGCACUUUAUGGAUAUCAGUCAGCAAGUGCUAAGAGAAAAAUCUGAGCUAUGUGAUGUUCAAAAGAAGUUGAAUUUUGACUUAUUCAAUUCAGAGCUAAUAGUAAAGGAGAAGGAUUGCAUCAAGAAAUAUACCAAUCUGAUGGAUUGUAAAAGUUUUUUUUAUAGGCAAAAAGCUAACAUCAAAUGGGCAUUGCAUGCAGAUAAGGGUUCUCAGUUAUUUCAUUCAGUAAUGAAAUCAAAGAGGCAUCAAAAAAGAGUCUUAUCUAUAUAUACUAAAAAUGGCUCUAGAAUAGCUGAUAUGGAUGGAAUAACAUCAGAACUUGAUGAAUAUUAUAAAAAACUAUUUGGUAAUGAGAAAGCAACUUCUGCUCCUGAUCCUAGAGUGAUCUCAAAUGGCCCAAUUCUUUCCUCUACACAUUGUGCUGAACUAAGUUCUCCUAUCUCUAGAGAUUAG